AUGACUGGCACCACCGAAAGAGUUUUGCCAGGCUCGGCCGUACAGGCUCGUUCCAAGCGUAGUGGUAGCGCUGGAGUUCAUGGCCUCACUCACAACGUACGGAUCCUGCUCAUCUCAUGCUUUGCCUGCAUCGGUGGCCUUCUUUACGGCUACAACCAGGGUGUUUUCUCCGGCAUCCUCACCAUGCCUGCCUUCGGCUUCCAUAUGGGCGAUCACAUCACGAACACCACGAAGAAAGGAUGGCUCACAGCCAUACUCGAGCUCGGUGCCUGGUUCGGAUCCCUUUGUGCGAGUCUGCUGGCUGAACCUCUAUCGCGAAAGUACACCGUCAUUCUCGUCACAGCAGUCUUCAUCGUCGGGGUUAUCACUCAGAGUACAGCAAUUCAUGUCGGCCCUUCGGCAAUCCUAGGCGGUCGGUUGAUCACUGGCGUGGGUGUUGGUGGCCUCUCCAUGAUCGUGCCUAUGUAUGUGGCUGAAUGCGCUCCAGCAGAGUGCCGGGGACUUCUGCUUGGCAUUCAACAAUUUGCUAUUGAGUUUGGGGUUAUGGUUUCUUUCUGGAUAAACUAUGGGUGUCACUUUAUCGGGGGUGAAUCGGAUUCGACACAAUCAGACGCUGCGUGGCUUAUUCCUCUAUUACUCCAGAUAGUCCCGGCGAUUGCGCUAUUCAUUGGCAUGCUAUUCAUGCCAUUCACGCCGCGAUGGCUCGUCCACCAUGGCCACGAUGACGAAGCUCGGAGAGUCUUGACCAAGCUACGAUCUACUCACACAGAUAUCAAUCUAAUCGAGUUGGAGUUCCUUGAAAUCAAGGCCCAGUCGCUGUUCGAGAAGCGGACAACGGAAGCCAACUUUCCCCACUUGGCAAAAGUUUCGUUCAUCAAUAGCGUCAAGUUGCAAUUCGUUGCCAUGCUCGAUCUAUUCAAAACUCGGUCAAUGUUCAAACGAGUCGUGGUCGCGAGCGUUACCAUGUUCUUCACUCAAUGGUCGGGCAUCAAUGCCAUUCUAUAUUACGCGCCUACCAUCUUUGGUGCCCUUGGCAUGUCCUCAAACAGCACAUCCCUUUUGGCUACAGGCGUCGUCGGCGUUGUUAUGCUAGUUGCCACCAUUCCCACUCUGAUUUAUGUCGACAAAAUUGGCCGGAAGCCAAUUCUUACAAUCGGCGCUAUCGGUAUGGCUUUCUGUCACCUUGCCAUUGCUGUCAUCUUUUCUCGUAACGAGGAUAAGUGGAGGUCUCAGCAAGCAUCAGCCUGGGCAUGUAUCGUCCUCGUCUGGGCAUACGUCGCAUUUUUCGGCUGGUCUUGGGGCCCUUGCGAAUGGAUCUUGGUCGCAGAGAUUUGGCCCCUCUCAACUCGGCCUUACGGGAUUGCCAUUGCUACAUCCGCAAACUGGAUGAACAAUUUUAUUGUGGGCCAGAUAACCCCCGACAUGAUUGUUCAUUUACGAUACGGUACCUUUCUGGUCUUCGGCAUCUUGAUCGCUCUAGGUGCUGCCUUCAUCUGGUUUUUCACCCCCGAAACCAGUCGACUUACCCUAGAAGAGAUGGAUUCAGUUUUUGGUAGUUCAGGUAUUGCAGGGGCGGAUCGUGAGCGCAUGGAUCUCAUUAACCGCGAGCUCGGGUUAGGUAUAGCGUCAGGUCCGCUUGCGGGAGGGGUGUCAGAAACGGAACGCAAACCUCACAUACAAGAAUAUGAGGGCAGUAAUCAAAACAGACGCGACAAUGCGACGUAG